CCGGGCCGGUGCCAUUCCGUGCCGUGGUCUCGAGUCGAUCGGUCGUGUCGUGGGUACUGCCAGUGUGCCCGGUCCGAUGGACCACGACGAGGAGCGCUCGCUGUCGCUCGGCACGGAGCUGUCGGCGUCCGUGCCGCCGCCGAGCCCGCUCACCGGCUGCUACCUGCUCGCGGUCAUCGGGGAGCCCCACACCGCGCAGCACAAGGAGAUCAUCCUACAGCGACUUGUCAAAGGGCUGCUGUCAUGGGACUCCGGCGAGCACCAGGUGGACCUGGAGCGCGAGCUGGCGGCGCUCACCGCGCAGGCGCCCGAGGGCGAGGAGGCCAGAUAUGGCGAGCGUCUCAUCCAGUUCGCGUCGGAGAACCUGGUGACAGAGAUCCUGAUCCACCCUCAGAUGAACACGCUCAUGCAGUGCAUGCGCAACCUGCUGAGCUCCUUCACGCGCCACCGCCAUCUAGUGCACGCCGGGUACACCUUCAGCGGGAAUGGCUCCUGGAUCAUGCAGGACGGGACAUUCUCGCUGGCUGACUUCACGGAUGCGUUCCAAGAGAACGAGGUGCAACGAGUGAUUCGUGCGUACGAGAACUCGAUCUCGAUCGACGUGCACUGCGCGACGGGCGGCGGCGGCGAGUGGCACAAGCUGAGCGAGCUGCCUUUCGUCAAACACUGUCGGAUUCGCGUCAAUCCGACCGAUAUUUUGGACUCUGGCUCUCAAGCCAUCAAGGAUUUUAUUGGGUACCUGGACCCCUACAUCAUCCCAGCGUCCCUGGAGCAGCUGCUGGUGGCCAGCGACGUGGUGGGCAACAUCCGGUUCAGCCACCCCACGCUGUACGUGUUCCCCGGCGGGCAGGGCGACGCCGCCUUGUUCGGGAUCAACGGGUUUAAUAUGCUUGUGGACGGCGGGUUCUCUCGCAAGGCGUGCUGGUGGGACUUCGCGCGGCACCUGGACCGCCUGGACGCGGUGCUGCUGACGCGGCUCAACAACUGCUCCGUGGCCGGCAUGGCCGCCGUGCUGAGAAGGAAGGCCGCCGCGAAUGUGUACCCGCAGAUCGGGCAUUUCUUCUGCAAUUUGGAGGAGCGGCGCGUACUAGCCAGCCCGGACGGCGACAAGGACGCGGACCCCCUGCUGGUGUCGCUGCAUCAGGAGGGAUCAGACAUGAUGGCGGAUCUGAGACACCUCAACCUGAAGCCACAGUACUGCUACCGCGGCCCCGAACCUAUCAACCUUUACCACAAAGUUGGACAUGGAACCCUCGACAUGUACGUACUGAAUCCGUCCAAGGACUCCAAAUACGUUCGUGACUUCCUCAAAAAAUGGCACAACAGUGAACAAAAACUAUUCGAAGGUGCGAGCGCAUCCGGACAAUUCAACUUCCCGAUCCCGAACUUGGUAUCGAUCUGCGCUCUGCUCGUGUGGAGACCAGCCAACCCCGACGACACCAUCACCAGGAUCAUGUUCCCUGGCUCCACUCCACAACAUAAGAUAUUCGAAGGACUAGAGAAACUCAAACAUCUAGAGUUCCUACAACACCCGACAUGCACCGGCCGACAGGUGAAGGCGUCCCCUCCCCCGACCACUAGCGCCGCCACCACCACCACCACUAGAACCACGAAACACGCAGUAUCCAAGACAAGCAAGGAAAGAACCAUCACUACCGAAAAGAAAGAAGACAAAACCAUCGACACGGAACCAAUAUCAACAAAAAUAAGCACUUUCAAGGACGAGACAGACUCCAAAAACGUUAUAGAUAACAAAUUACUCAACGAACUCGUUGAUGGCGAUGACAAAAAAAUUGAAUCAGUUCUUCAAGAAGCUAUUAUAGCAAGGGCUGAAACGAAGUUAGACGAUAAAAUCGCUCAAUAUGAAAAUGCUGUCAUAGACAGUGUACCGAAGAAAAAAGACAUACGAAAGAAGAAAGAAAAUGUAACCGAAAAGAAAACGAAACGAAUCGAAAAGACUGAUGAGACAAAAGACUCUGUUGGCAAAAUUGAAGUUAAGAAGACUGAAAGCAAAGUAGACUCGAGGAAAAGGACGGAAACUCGAGCAAAAUCUGAAACGGUUACAUCGAUAAGUCGUAGUAAAGUAAGUCAUCGGGCAUCAAUGCAAAAAUCUAUCGAAAAGAAAGUGAGUUCGACCGUAACAGACAAAAAAGGAUCAGAAGAUAAAAAAUCACCCCCAGCUACUCCUAAGAAGUCAGUAGAGUCCAAGACCACAGCAAAGGAAUCUACUGCUUCAGCCACUGUUCGAGUGAAAACAAAAGCGCGCAAGUUAAGCCCUGGUAGCACCCCAGCUAAGAGUACAAAAGAAGCUAAUAAUAGACGUGUGGUUGAAUCUAAGUAUAAACAAGCUUCACCAAAACGAGACGUUACAAGCAAGCCAACUGAAAAGAAAGAAGUUAAAAAACGGGAGCCGAUAUCUCGCAGGCCACGGCCAUUAGCUUCCCCCGUUAAAGGAAUCAAAGCAAUGAAGAGUCCGAUAAAAUCAGUUAAAUCUGUAAAAGUUGAUCCUAAGCUUAAAGGCUUACAAAGAGUAAAUUAUGAAGACAUACUAAGAGAUGCUAAAAAAUCAGAUGAGGAAACAUCCAAGUCUCUUGACGAUUUUAAGCAAGAUAUCGACGACAAGGAAGAACAAGAAAUCGUAAGAGAAAUUGAAGCUGUAUUUAACAGAGAUAGUGAGGCUGAAGAAAAAAUUGAAUACAUUGGACGUUCUGAUAUUGAAAAGAUAACUUGUCUUUUGGAUAAUACAAAAACAGAAGUAACUGGUGACAGUGAAUUUGAGGAAGAAUAUUUAAUUAUUGAGAAAGAAGAAAUUGAUCAAUUCACAGAAGAUUCUAUUGCCGACCGAAGUAGUAAUGAAAAAGAAGAUGAACUCAAAAAACAUACAAAAGACAAAGAAGAAUCUGAAAAACGAAAGGAAGAAAUAACUAUCAGAACUGUGAAGGAGUCUGAAAUACCUUUUGAAGUCAAAGUUAAAUCCGAGACUAUUACCAAUGGGGAAUCAAAGCAACCAGAAUCCAAAGAACACUCAGUAAGUGUGGAAGAAAAACAAGACCUCAGCAGUGAGAAAAAGACUUCAGAUAGUAAGAGUGGCAUUGCUAAGCCCAAAGAUUCACUAGAAAAUAUAAUACAAGAAUCACAGCCUGAUGAGAAAGUUUCAACGACCAUUGAAUCUGGAGCCACCACUACCGCUCCAACUCUACCCGAAGACGAGCGAAUAACUCUUGAUGAAAUCAAAGAAGACCAGCUAGUUGAAGAAAAACACGUGAAAGAGGAUACAAAGGAGCAAGUCCCACCUCACACACAAGUUGACGUUCAACCACCUCCAUCAGAGAAGAGUUUAAAAUUAGAACCUCUGCCAGCUCCCAUUAGAGAGAUUGUGAAAACUCCGGAUGAAGUCGCCGAUCUUCCUCUUCACGAGGAAGUCGAUUACCGAACAUAUGAAGAAAAGAAAACACCAGGUGAAGAAGAUGUUUUCAAACGUAAACCUGAUGUAGGUUUUGUCCAUGAAAUUAGAGUUCCUAAAGACCUGCCCCUUCCAGACAAGGAAGCCGCUGUGUCUUAUUCUGGAAUUAAAACUAUUCAGGGCGAUAUAGUACAUACGAUGGUUGAACGUCCUUCACACGCAGAACUUGUCACCGUUACUCCCGGGUCGGCUCCAGAAUCACCAAUGUACCCACAACCUACUAAAGAUGGAGAACAAAUGAUUGAUCUUAGAAGAGAGUUAGAACCUGUUAAAGAGUAUGAAAGUGAAUAUAACUACGGGGAGUACACAGAAAAAUUAAGAGAAACUCAUAUCACUACACUGGACUCUCCUAUAAAGGAUGACAUAAUUAUUGUUGAGGAAACGGCAUCUAUGCCCGAAAAGAUUCCUUCUAUUCCAGAAGACGUAGAAAAAGAAAUUGAAGAAGCUAGAACACUAGAAGGAGAAAAGUCACCUAUCAAGAGUCCUAAAGAGGUUUUGAGAAUAGUUGCUGAUGUUGCAGAAGUAUUAAAAUCAGAUAAGAGUCUAGAAGAAAUAAUUGCUGGCAAAACACCAAUACGCCUCAAAUCACCAGAACAUUUCUUUAAAUCAGAUAUGCUGACAACUUCGACUAUUGAGUCAACUAUUUCAUUUUUAACUAGUGAAUCAGAAACUAAAGAUGAACAAAUCCAGAAAGAUGCAGCAGACAAAACUUCUUCUCAAUUAACUGUAGAUGCAACAAAUGAAGAUAGUACACGGAAAGAAAUUUCUCCCGUGAGAUCAGUAACAUCAGAAGACAUCAGUGAUGUUUCAGAUAAGACUGUUUUAAGUGAAGGAAAAAGAAGCAAGCGGGAAGUCAAAGAUGAAAAAUUAUUACACUUAGACGAAUCAAAAGUACUAUCUAAAGAGAAAGUUAUCGCAGAUUCAGAAGAAAAAGAAAUCCUUGACAAAGACAAAGAUCAGCAACAAAAAGAUAUACAAGUUUCUGAUAUCAUGACGUCAUCAACUCUUGCAUUCGGUGUGGAGGAAUCGAUACCUGAAAAAAGAGUAAGUUUAACUCAUGAUUCAGCAAAAACGCUUGAAAGGUUAGAUGAAAAACUAGCUGAUUUAAAGAAAAAAGAUGAAAUCAUGCAUCAAAAAGCUAUUUCGACGCUAGAAGAUACAGUCGAAGCUGACGCCCUUGACACUGAGGAUACAAAGAUAGAAAUUUCAUUUGAUACUGUUACUACCGAAGAAGCCACAUCAACAUUUGUUGACAUGAAAAAAGAAAGCGCAUCUCGCCCUGAAAAUGUGGACUCCAGUUCGAUGACUACAAAACAAGAAACACUGGAAUCCUCACAAGAAAUGAUAGUGUCUGAAACUAUCAAAACCGACAAGGAGCUAAGCGUAGACAAAGAAACAAGUAUAGUAUCAACGUUGAAGGAUGCUGCUGGAAUAAUUGACAAUGAAACUUCAGCUCCUUCAGAGAAAGAUAAGGUAACCAACGUUGUUACAUCUGAAAAAGAUGUAACACCCAGUCCAGUGAUAUCUGAAAAGGAGUCCAGUCCAGUCCCAUCAGAGAAAAAAUCCAGCCUGGCUCCGACAGGGAAAGAUGACAUUCCUAAGAAAGAAAUGACACCGAGUCUGGGGAUCACUGAAAAAGAAUCCAGUGCAAUCCAAUUAGAAAAGGAACUCAGUGCAGGUCCAUCAGAUAAAGAUAAGGCACCUAGCGUAGCUGUAUCAGAGAAAGAUGUAACACCCAGCCCAGUGGUCUCUGAAAAAGAAUCGAGCCUAGUUCCGUCAGAGAAAGAACCCAGCCCAGCUUUGUCAGAGAAGGAUAAGAUUCCCAGUGAAGUUGUAUCGGAGAAAGAAAUGGCACCGAGUCCAAUGGUCUCUGAAAGAAUAGCCAGCCCAGUUCCAUCAGAGAAGGAACCCAGUCUAACUCCAUCAGAUAAAGACAAAGCCCCCAGCGUGGUUCAAUCUGCGAAAGAUGUAACUCCCAGCCCGGUGGUUUCUGAAAAAGUACUCAGCCCAGCUCUGUCGGAGAAAGCACCGAGCCCAGCUCCAUUAGAUAAGGAUGAGAUUCCUAGCGAAGUUGCAUCUGAGAAAUAUAAAAUCCCAAGUCCAGCGAUCUCUGAAAAAGAAUCUAGUCCAGUCCAAUCAGAAGAUGGUUCAGCCACGACAGAGAAAGAUAGGGCAUCCAGCGUGGUUAAAUCUGACAAACAUGGAACACCCAGCCCAGUAGCCCCUGAAAAAGAACUUAGCCCAGUUCCGACAGAAGAUGAAAAGCUUCCUAGCUCAGGUCCAUCGCAGAAAGACGGAACUCUCAGCCCAGUGGCCUCUGAAAAAACAGCCAGCCCAGUUUCAUCAGAAAAGCAACUCACUCCAGCUCCAUCAUAUAAAGAACAGGCAACCAGCGUAGAUUUAUGUGAAAAAGAUGUAACUUCAGUAAUUUCUGAAAAAGAAUCCAGCCCAGUACUAUCAGAGAAAGAACCCAGCGAAGCUUCGCCCGAAAAAGAUAAGAUUCCUAGCGAAUUUGCAUCUGAAAAGGAAGAAGAAAUGACACCGAGUCUGACGAUCUCUGAAAAAGAAUCCAGCCCAAUUAAAAGUGUAAAAGAAACCAGUCCAGCUACAUCAGAUAAAGCACCCAGCGUGGCUCUAUUUGAGAAAGAUAAAACUCUAAGUCCAGCGACAUCUGAAAAUGACCAUCCAGUCCAAUCAGAACCAGAACUUUCAUCGGCUACGGCAGAUAAAGAAAAGACACCCAGCGUGGCUAAAUCUGAGAAAGACGGCACAAUCAGCCAAGAAAUAUCUGAAAAAGCAGCCAGCCCGGUUUCCUCAGAGAAGGAAUCAAGCCCAGGUCCAUCAGAUAAAGACAAGACACCCAGCGUUGCUCCAUCUGAGAAAGAUUUAACACCCAGCCCAGUGAUCUCUGAUAAAGAACCCAGCCCAGCUCCAUCAAAGAAGGAUAAGAUUCCUAGCGAGGUAGCAUCCGAAAUAGAUAUGACAUCGAGUCCAGCGAUAUCUGAAAAAGACCACCCAAUCCUAUCAGAAAGAGAACUUGUCUCGGCUACGGCAGAGAAAGAAAAGACACCCAGUGUGCCUAAAUCUGAGAAAGAUGCACUCAGCCCAGAUUUAUCUGAAAAAGCAGCCAGCCAGGUUUCUUCAGAGAAGGAAUCUAGUCCAGCUCCAUCAGAUAAAGACAAGAUUCCCAGCAUAGCUGCAUCUGAUAAAGAUUUAACACCCAGCCCAGUGAUCUCUGAUAAAGAACCUAGCCCAGCUCCAUCAGAGAAGGAUGAGAUUACUAGCGAAGAAGGAUUUAAAAAAGAAAUUACACCGAUUCCAGUGAUUUCUGAAACGGAAAAAAGCUCAGUUCAAUCAGAAAAAGAACUUAGCUCGGCAGAGAAAGAUAAGGCACCCAGCGAAGCUUCAUCUGAGAAAGAUUUAGCAUCCAGCCCAGUGAUCUCUGAUAAAGAACCUAGCCCAGCCCCAUCAGAGAAGGAUAAGAUUCCUAGCGAGGUAACAUCCGAAAUAGAUAUGACAUCGAGUCCAGUGAUAUCUGAAAAAGACCACCCAGUCCAAUCAGAAAGUGAACUUGUCUCGGCUACGGAAAAGAAAGAAAAGACACCCAGCGUGCCUAAAUCUGAGAAAGACGACACGCUCAGCCCAGAUUUAUCUGAAAAAGCAGCCAGCCAGGUUUCUACAGAGAAGGAAUCUAGUCCAGCUCCAUCAGAUAAAGACAAGAUUGACAGCAUAGCUGCCUCUGAGAAAGAUUUAACACCCAGCCCAGCUCCAUUAAACAAGGACAUCAUCCCUAGCAAAGAAAAAUUUGAAAAAGAAAUGACACCGAGUCCGGUGAUUUCUGAAAAAGACACGGUCCCAGUUCAAUCAGAAAAAGAACUUGGCUUGGCAGAGAAAGAUAAGGCCCCCAGCGUGGUUAAAUCUGAGAAAGAUAAAACACCAAGCCCAGGAGUCUCUGAAAAAACACCCAGCCCGGUUUCUUUGGAGAAGGAAUCCAGUUCAGCUCCUUCUGAUAUAGACAAGGCACCCAGCGUAGUUCAAUCUGAGAAAGAUUUAACACCCAGCCCAGUGAUCUGUGAUAAAGAAACUAUCCCAGUUCUAUCAGAGAAGGAUAAGAUUCCUACCGAAGUAGCAUCUAAAAAGGAAAUGACACCGAGUCCGGCGAUCUCUGAAAAAGAAUUCAGUCCAGUAAGCUCGGACAAAGAACUUGGCUUAACUACGUAUGAGAAAGAUGAGGCACCCAGCAUAGCUGACUUUGAGAAAGACGGAGCACUGAGCCCAUUAGCCUCUGAAAAAGAACACAGCCCAUCUCUGCCAGAAAAACAAAAACUUCCUAGUGUAGGUGCUUCUGAACAAGAUGGCACUCCCAGCCCAUUGAUGUCUCAAAAGGAUUCCAGCCCAGAUCCGUUGAUGAAAGACAAGCUACCUAGCGUAGCAGCAUAUGAUAAAGAUGAAACUCCUAGUUUAGCUAUCUCGGGAAAAGAACCCAGCCCAGUCUCAUCAGAGAAAGAACCCAGCCCACCCCCGUCUGAUAAAGACAAGCAACCCUGGGCCAUAUCUGAGAUAGACGGUACAACUUUACCAGUAGUCUCUGCAAAAGAACACAGCUCAGAAGAAGAUAAGAUUGCAAGCGUAGAUUCAUCUGAGAAAGAUGGGGCACUAAGUCCAGCAACCUCAGAAAAAGAAGCCAGUCCAAUUCUAUCACUGAAAAAACUCAGCCCGGAUAAAGACAAGCUACCUCAUGAAGAAGCUUCUGAAAAAGAUGUAACACCCAGCCCAGAGGCCUCUAAAAAAGAACUCAGUCCAGUUACUGGAGAAAUAGAUAAGAUUCCAAGCGUUGUUUCAUCGGCCAAAGAUGAAGCACCAAGCCCAAUGCCCGCUGGGAAAAGAGAUAGCCCAGAUCUAUCACAGACAGAUAAAACACCCAGCGUAGCUGCACCUGAAAAAGAUGUUACACCCAGCCCAAUAGCCUCAAUAAAAUCAGUCAGCCCAGUUCCGUUAAAGAUAGAACCCAGCCUUGUUUCGACAGAGGACAAGCUUCCUAGCGUAGCUAUAUCUAGGAAAGACGGAACACAAAGUCCGGUUGUCUCUGACAAAGACGCUAGCCCAGUUCAAGCUGAACAGGAAUCGAGCCCAACCGAGGCACCGAAAGAUAAGGCAUCACCAAGCGUGGCUAUGUUUGAGAAAGAUGGAACACCCAGCCCACUGCCCUCUGAAAAAGCGCUCAGCCCAGCUCAGUCCGACAAAGAUACGGCAUCCAUCGUAGUUGCCUCUGUAAAAAGCCCAGUUUUGGCAGAAAAAGAAACCAGCCCAGCUCCGUCAAAAACAAAUAAGACAUCUGAAAAAGAUGAGAAACUAAUCCCAACGACCUCAGAAAAAGAAGCUAUCCUAGUUAUAUCAAAGGAGGAAUCAGGCAAAGCCCCUUCGGAGAACGCCUUUACCCUCAGCUCAGUGGCAUCUGAUAUAGAGCCCAGCCCAGCGAAGGCAGUGAAAGAUGAGAUUUCUAGCGUGAUUUCUGACAAAGAUGAAGCACUAAGCGCAACAACCUUGGAAAAAGAAGCCAAACAAGUUGUUUUAGAGAAGGAACGCCUUUCAACCCUGUCAGAGGACGAUAAGCCUACCGAAGAUGAGAAAAAACUAACACCCAGUCCGUUGGCUCCUACAGGUCCUCUCCCCGUUGGUACUGAGACAAUAGAACGUGAUCAUAAAGAAUUAGAUGAAAUCGACUCAGCUUCAGUUGAAAGAGUUACUUCAGUAAGUAAAGAAGCUUUAAUCCUCGAUGACAUUGAACCCAUAUCCUUGUCAGUGUCGGGAGUUGAAGACAAAAUUUUGGUAAUAGCUAAGCAACCAAGCCCACUCAUAUCUAUCAAAGAACCAAGUCCAGAAGAAUUAUCAGUUGAAGAUGAUAUUAUAUCAAUGAAAAUCGUAGAAUCUGCUACGCAAGAGUCUAGUCCUACGCCAUCUGAAAAAAAACAAAUAACUAAGGAUGUGCGUGACAAGAUGCCUUGUUUGGCUCAGACAGAUGCAACCUCUGAACAAGCACCAAGUCCUGCAUCAUCUGAAGAGUUGUUAGAAAAGACACCAAGCUUGGCACGAUCAGAUUCUACCUUAGAAAAGGCCCUAAGCCCAACACCGUCUGAAAAAGCAAUAAGUCCUGUGCCUCCCGAAGACUUGGCAGAGAAGAGCCCUGGUUUAGCACCAACGGAAGUAAUAUCAGAAAAGGCUCUCAGUCCAACACCAUCCGAAAAAGCGCCAAGUCCUUUGCCUUCUGAAGUCACAACAGAGAAACGACCAAGCUUGGCUAUGUCUGACGCUACUUCAGAAAAAUCAGUAAGUUCUACACCGUCUGAAAAGGAACAAAUAACUAAGGACCUUGGGGAUAAAGAAACAAGCUUGAUACCAUUGGAUGCUAGCUCAGAAAAGUCAAUUACCCCAACACCGUCUGAAAAAGCUAUAAGUCCCGUACCUUCUGAAGAUUCAACAGAGAAGCGUCCAAGCUUAGCAAUUUCGGAUACUACUUCCGAUAAAGCGUUAAGUCCUACGCCGUCUGAAAAGGAACACAUAAUUAAAAACCUGGGUGAUAAAGAAACAAGCCGGGUACCAUUGGAUGCUACAUCAGAAAAGGCACUUACACCUACACCGUCUGAAAAAGCAAUAAGUCCCGUUCCUUCUGAAGACUUAGCUGAGAAGAGCCAUGGCAUAGCACCAUCGGAAGUAACAUCAGAAAAGGCUCUCAGUUCAACAUCAUCUGAAAAAAUGCCUAGUACUUUGUCUUCUGAAGUCAUAACAGAGAAACGGCAAAGCUUGACUGUAUCAGACGCUACUUCAGAAAAAGCAGUAACUCCCACGCCGUCUGAAAAUGAACAAAUAACUGGAGACUUAGGUGAGAAGGAGGCCACCUUAGCACCAUCGAAUGUAACCUCAGAUAAAGCCCUUAGCCCAGCACCGUCUGAAAAAGCAUCAAGCCCUGCACCAUCAGAAGACUUGACUGACAAGAAGCAUAGCCUAGCACCAUCGGAUAUAAUUGCCGACAAGGCUUUGAGCCCUGCACCGUCUGAUGACUUGACAGAAAAGAGCUCUAGCUUGGCACCAUCGGAUAAAAUCUCUGAUAAAGCUCUAAGUCCAACACCAUCUGAUAAAGUUCUAAGCCCUUUGCCAUUUGAAGACUUAACAGAAAAACGUCCAAGUUUGAUCACAUCUGGAGCUUCUUCCGAAAAAGUUGUAAGUUCUAUGCCCUCUGAAAAGGAACAAAUAUCUAAAGAACUGGGUGAGAAGAAGCCUAGCUUAACUCCCUCAGAUGCUAUCUCUGAACAAGCACCAAGCCCUGUACCGUCUGAAGACUUGACAGAGAAGAGACCAAGUUUGGCAGCAACGGACAUAAUCUCAGAAAAGGCCCUUAGUCCAACCCCAUCUGAAAAAGCAAUAAGUCCCUUGCCUUCUGAAGACUUGAUAGAGAAACGGCCAAGUCCGUCUAUAUCUGCUUCAGAAAAAGCAGUAACUUGUACGCCGUCUGAAAAGGAACUAACAAAGGACCUGGAUGAGAAGCGACCAAGCUUGGCACAAUCAGAUGCUACCUCAGAAAAGGUCAUUAGCCCACCACCGUCUGAAAAAGCAAUAAGUCCCCUAGCUUUUGAAGACUUAACACAGAAGCGGCCAAGCUUAUCUAUAUCUGAGAAGGAAGAAAUAACUAAGGACUUAGGUGACAAGAGUCCUAGCUUGGCUCCUUCAGAUGCAAUACCUGUAAAAGUGCCAACCCAUGCCCCGUCUGAAGACUUGACAGAUAAGAAACCAAGUUUGGCAACUUCAGAUGUAUCCUCAGAAAAGGCUAUAAGCCCGACACCAUUUGAAAAUGUGAUAAGUCCCGUGCCUUCUGAAAACCUAAGUGAGAAGAGCCGUAGCUUAGCACUAUCGGAUGUAACCUCAGAAAAAGCCCCUAGUCCAACACCGUCUGAAAAACCAUCAAGCCCUGUCCAAUCUGAAGACUUGGCAGAGAAGAGCGCUAGCCGAGCAGCAUCGGAAGUUAUCUCAGACAAGGCAAGUGGAACACCAUCUGAAAAAGCACCAAGUCCUUUUGCUUCUGAAGAAUUGACAGAGAAACGGCCAAGUUUGGCCAUAUCAGACGCUACAUCAGAAAAAGCAGUAAGUCCUUCUUUGUCUGAAAAGGAAGAAAUAACUAAUGAUCUGGAUGACAAGAGGCCUAGCUUGGCUCCUUCAGAAGCAUUAUCUGAACGAUCACCAAGCUCUGCACCAUCUGAAGACUUAGCAGAGAAGAGACCUAGCUUGGCAACAACGGAGGUACUCUCAGAAAAGGCCCCUAGUCCAACCCCAUCUGAAAAAGCAAUUAGUCCCUUGCCUUCUGAAGAUUUGUCCAAAAAGAGGCCUAGCCUGACACCAUCAGAUGUAAUCUCAGAAAAGGCUGUAAGUCCAACACCAUCCGACAAAGUGCAAAGUCCUUUGCCUUCUGAAGACUUCACUGAGAAACGACCAAGUUCGUCUAUAUAUACUUCUGAAAAGGCAGUUACUCCUACGCCGUCUGAAAAGGAACAAAUAACUAAGGGCCUGGGUGAUAAACGACCAAGCUUGGCACCAUCGGAUGCUACCUCAGAAAAGGCCACUAGCCCAACACCAUCUGAAAAAGCAAUAAGUCCCGUACCUUCUGAAGACUUGGAUGACAAGAGGCCUAGCUUAGCACCAUCGGAUGCUACGUCAGAAAAGGUCGCUAGCCCAACUCCGUCUGAAAAGGCACUAAGUCCUGCACCAUCUGAAAAAGAACAAAUAACUAAGGAUGUGAGUGACAAGAGGCCUAGUUUGGCUCAGACAGAUGCAACCUCUGAACAAGCACCAACCCUUGCACCGUCUGAAAAGUUGGCUGACAAGAGGCCUAGCCUGACACCAUCAGAUGUAAUCUCAGAAAAGGCUGUAAGCCCAAUACCGUCUGAAAAAGCAAUAAGUUCUGAACCAUCUGGAAAAGAACAAUUAACUAAGGAUGCGAGUGACAAGAGGGAUGUAACCUCUGAACAAGCACCUAGCCCUGCACCGUCUGAAGACUUAGAAGAGAAGAAACCUAGCUUGACAAUACCGGACGUAAUAUCAGAAAAAGCCCUUAGUCCCUUGCCUUCUGAAGAAUUGGCUGACAAGGGGCCUAGCUUAGCAUCAUCGGAUGCUACCUCAGAAAAGGUCACUAGCCCGACACCGUCUGACGGGGCACUAAGUCCUGCGCCAUCUGAAAAAGAACAAUUAACUAAGGAUGCGAGUGACAAGAGGGAUGUAACCUCGGAACAAGCACCUAGACCUGCACCGUCUGAAGACUUAGAAGAGAAGAAACCUAGCUUGGCAACAACGGAUGUAAUAUCAGAAAAAGCCCUUAGCCCCUUGCCUUCUGAAGAAUUGGCUGACAAGAGGCCUAGCCUGGCACCAUCAGAUGGAAUCUCAGAAAAGGUUGUAAGUCCAACACCAUCCGACAAAGUGCAAAGUCCUUUGCCAUCUGAAGACUUCACUGAGAAACAACCAAGUUCGUCUAUAUAUACUUCUGAAAAGGCAGUUACUCCUACGCCGUCUGAAAAGGAACAAAUAACUAAGGACCUGGGUGAUAAGCGACCAAGCUUGGCACCAUCGGAUGCUACCUCAGAAAAGGCCACUAGCCCAACACCAUCUGAAAAAGCAAUAAGUCCCGUACCUUCUGAAGACUUGGAUGACAAGAGGCCUAGCUUAGCACCAUCGGAUGCUACCUCAGAAAAGGUCGCUAGUGCAACUCCGUCUGAAAAGGCACUAAGUCCUGCACCAUCUGAAAGAGAACAAAUAACUAAGGAUGUGAGUGGCAAGAGGGAUGUAACCUCUGAACAAGCACCUAGCCCUGCACCGUCUGAAGACUUAGAAGAGAAGAAACCUAGCUUGGCAACAACGGACGUAAUAUCAGAAAAAGCCCUUAGCCCCUUGCCUUCUGAAGAAUUGGCUGACAAGAGGUCUAGCUUAGCAUCAUCGGAUGCUACCUCAGAAAAGGUCACUAGCCCGACACCGUCUGAUAAGGCACUAAGUCCUGCGCCAUCUGAAAAAGAACAAUUUACUAAGGAUGCGAGUGACAAGAGAGAUGUAACCUCUGAACAAACACCUAGCCCUGCACCGUCUGAAGACUUAGAAGAGAAGAAACCUAGCUUGGCAACAACGGACGUAAUAUCAGGAAAAGCCCUUAGUCCCUUGCUUUCUGACGAAUUGGCUGACAAGAGGCCUAGCUUAGCACCAUUGGAUGCUACCUCAGAAAAGGUCACUAGCCCCACACCGUCUGACAAGGCACUGAGUCCUGCGCCACCUGAAAAAGAACAAAUAAGUAAGGAUGUGUGUAACAAGAGGCCUAGUUUGGCUCAGACAGAUGCAACCUCUGAACAAGCACCAACCCUUGCACCGUCUGAAAAGUUGGCUGACAAGAGGCCUAGCCUGACACCAUCAGAUGCAAUCUCAGAAAAGGCUCUCAGUCCAACACCAUCCGACAAAGCGCAAAGUCCUUUGCCUUCUGAAGAUUUCACUGAGAAACGACCAAGUUCGUCUUUAUCUACUUCAGAAAAGGCAGUAACUCCUACGCCGUCUGAAAAAGAACAAAUAACUAAGGACCUGGAAGAUAAGAGACCAAGCUUGGCACCAUCGGAUGCUACCUCAGAAAAGGCCAGUAGCCCAACACCAUCUGAAAAAGCAAUAAGUCCCCUACCUUCACACGACUUGGAUGACAAGAGGCCUAGCUUAGCACCAUCGGAUGCUACGUCAGAAAAGGUCACUAGCCCCACACCGUCUGACAAGGCACUAAGUCCUGCGCCAUCUGAAAAAGAACAAUUAACUAAGGAUGUGAGUGACAAGAGGGAUGUAACCUCUGAACAAACACCUAGCCCAGCACCGUCUGAAGAUUUAGAAGAGAAGAAACCUAGCUUGGCAACAACGGACGUAAUAUCAGAAAAAGCCCUUAGUCCCUUGCCUUCUGAAGAAUUGGCUGACAAGGGGCCUAGCUUAGCAUCAUCGGAUGCUACCUCAGAAAAGGUCAUUAGCCCGACACCGUCUGACGGGGCACUAAGUCCUGCGCCAUCUGAAAAAGAACAAUUAACUAAGGAUGCGAGUGACAAGAGGGAUGUAACCUCGGAACAAGCACCUAGACCUGCACCGUCUGAAGACUUAGAAGAGAAGAAACCUAGCUUGGCAACAACGGAUGUAAUAUCAGAAAAAGCCCUUAGCCCCUUGCCUUCUGAAGAAUUGGCUGACAAGAGGCCUAGCCUGGCACCAUCAGAUGGAAUCUCAGAAAAGGUUGUAAGUCCAACACCAUCCGACAAAGUGCAAAGUCCUUUGCCAUCUGAAGACUUCACUGAGAAACGACCAAGUUCGUCUAUAUAUACUUCUGAAAAGGCAGUUACUCCUACGCCGUCUGAAAAGGAACAAAUAACUAAGGACCUGGGUGAUAAGCGACCAAGCUUGGCACCAUCGGAUGCUACCUCAGAAAAGGCCACUAGCCCAACACCAUCUGAAAAAGCAAUAAGUCCCGUACCUUCUGAAGACUUGGAUGACAAGAGGCCUAGCUUAGCACCAUCGGAUGCUACGUCAGAAAAGGUCACUAGCCCCACACCGUCUGACAAGGCACUAAGUCCUGCGCCAUCUGAAAAAGAACAAUUAACUAAGGAUGCGAGUGACAAGAGGGAUGUAACCUCUGAACAAACACCUAGCCCAGCACCGUCUGAAGAUUUAGAAGAGAAGAAACCUAGCUUGGCAACAACGGACGUAAUAUCAGAAAAAGCCCUUAGUCCCUUGCCUUCUGAAGAAUUGGCUGACAAGAGGCCUAGCCUGGCACCAUCAGAUGGAAUCUCAGAAACGGCACUCAGUCCAAGACCAUCUGAGAAAGCGCAAAGUCCUGUACCUUCUGAAGACUUGACAGAUAAAUUGCCGAGCUUGUUAUCUCCUUCAGAAAAAGUUACUCCUUUCCCAUCUAAAAAGGAACAAAUAAGUAAGGACCUGGGUGAUAAGCUACCAAGCUUGGUUGCAUCAGAUGCUACCUUAGAAAAGCCCAUUAGCCCAACUCCAUCUGAAAAAUCAAUGAGUCCCGUAGCUUCUGAAGACUUAGCACAAAAGCGGCCGAGCUUGUCAAUAUCUGAGAAGGAACAAAUAACGAAGGACUUGGGUGACAAGAGGCCUAGCUUGGCUCUUUCAGAUGCAGUUUCUCAACAAGCAUCAAGCCCUGCACCAUCUGAAGACUUUUCAGAGAAGAGCCCUAGCCUAGCACCAUCAGAAGUAAUCUCAGAAAAAGCUCUCAUUGAGCACACACCAUCCAACAAAACGCCAAGUCCUCUGGCUUCUGGAGACAUAAUGGAAAAGCGGCCAAGCCUGCCCACAUCUGACGCUACUGCCGACAAAAUUGUAAGUCUUAUACAAUCUGAAAAGGAACAAGUAACUAUUGAUAUAGGUGAUAAAAAGCCUAGCUUGGAUCUAUCAGAUGCAAAGUCUGAAAAGGCACCAAGUUCUAGAUUGCCCAUUACAGAUCAAUACGAAAAACCAGAAGAAGUUACUCGUAGUCCCAGUCUUGUCGAUGAAGAUGAAUUUGAUUCUUUAAAAGAGCGUCAGGAGCCUGAAUCUAAAUCUUUCUUUGGAAAGGUAAGUGAUGCCUUUACCUCAAUCAAAGAGGCAUUCAUUGACGAUAAAAUUGAACAUCGUGAUGAAAUUGUAAAGGAAACAGAAUAUGUUAAGGAAACCAGCAAUAAAAAAGAAGUUAUACAAAGUGAAAGUAAAUUACAUAAGGCAGAUGAUGACAAGGAUAUUGAUGAGUCUGAAUGGGAAAUAUUAUCUAGUGAUAUAGUAAAAGACUUAGGCACACAUUUAUCGAGCACUACCGAAACAAAUCAAACAGAUUCAAAAGAAACCACCCAUACUAUUACUGACAAAGAUAGAAAUGGUUUCUCCGACAAAUCAAAAGAAACAACAGAAAAAUUAACUGAGACAGUUAAGAAAGAUGAAAAAGAUUCAUAUGACGAUGGUGAAUCUCUCAGCGAAGAUAGCCAAAUUGAAAUAAAAGUUGGUGUCCAAGAAACCACACGUAAGUCAACUCUGCCUUCAACCGUAGCUGCACCUGAGUGGAUAAGUCAGUCACUAUCGACAAUGUCCAAACCAGUCGGGUCUUCUAAAGAAUUUACAGAAGAAGCACAUCAAAUCAAAAAACGAUCUAUUGAAGAAUUUGAACAAAAAGUGUCACAAAUAAGCAGUGAGAUGGCCACAAAAAUAUCUUCAACUGAUAGAGAAGAUAUUGAUAAUGAUAGUUUGGGUCAAUCGAUUCCACUUGGCGGUAGUUCAGAAGAUGUAUCACGAGAAAUAAGUUUAGAAGAAAAGUAUAGUUUUGAGGGUACUGAAAAAGAAACAAGAGGGAAGAAAAUCAUCAAUGUAGAAAAAACUACACAGGAAUCAAGCACAAGUCAUGAUGCUAGCACAUUCACAGAUUCCUUUAAGUCAAUCAGUAGCUAUAAAUCCGAUGAAAGUUUCAUAAAUGGGCAUUCAUCGUCGCAUAUUUCCAGUAGUACGACAUUAAAAGGAUCAGAUGCUGUUCAAUAUUUGACAGGAUCUGAAACCAAAGGCUCAAAAACUGGAUUCAGUGAUGCUGGCUCUCCAAAGGAGGAUAUUAUUCUUUCCGAGGCUUCCGAUUCUGGUAUUCAUAGUAUACCUGUAGAUAUUGACCAAAUGAAAUCAAGUUCAGAUGACGGGUCAUCUUUAACUUUGAAAGAAAAUGCAUCACAACUAAUGGAAGGAAUUCAAAAGGCAUUUGGAGAAGACAAUGUACAGCAAGGAAUUAAAAAUGAGGGAUUAGACUCUUUAAUCGUACAUUCAGAGUAUGACAGGGCAUCUACGCCUCCAACUGUACCAGUAAGCCCGUUACCUAAGACCCCAAUCAGUUUUCAAGAUAUCAAAGUUUGUGAAGGUAUCCAAAGUGAAGUGUCCUAUGACAAAUCUGAAGGAGCUGAUGAUACUAUUACCAAAGUGGUCCAUGUAGGUGAUGACAUAGUGACUCAAAGGAUCUCGACAUCAACUGAAAAGGUUCCUAAAACUCUUAAGAGUACUACAGAUUUAGAUGGUGAUGCUGAUCUAACAAGCCUUUUACACACCGUAGGAAAGAUCAAAACGGAGACAGACACUGUAACGAAAAUAAUGAAAGAAGGAGAAAACUUAGUGACACAAACAAUUACAACUGUCACAACAAAGGAAAUUAUUUCUCGUGAAGAUGGAACACCACAAAAUGUCAAGACUACAAUCGAAACUACUACACUUAGUAAAAAUUCAGAUGGAUCGACCACUACUACAAAAGAUACACAAACACUCAUGUCAGAAUGUUCUUCCAGCCUUAAAUCUACCUCACAAAUGGAUUUAUAUGCCAAAGAUAGUAAAUUAGAGAAGGAAUACCUCGAAUCCAGCGAAGAAAAGUCUGAAUCUCUUAGCAGCCAAAUCGAAGAUGAAACAUCAUCUUUGAAAAUCAAUGGUCAAGACGCUUCCAUCGCAAAGGAAAACGUAAACAAUGGAGAAGGAAUAUCAACAUCCAGUUUUAUUACGACCGAAAUUGAUGAUGAAAAUGUCGAAGACACGAUCAUAGACACCGAUGUACAAAAGAAAAUUAUUAAAGAAAAUAAUGUAGAUAUAAUGGUAACCAUCAUGACAGUAACAAAGAAAGAAACUUUAAAAAUUGAUGACCGAAAUAAAACAGUUCGUACCACUAUUGAAACAAAUACAACCAAAGAACGACCUGAUGGAUCAAAAGAAGUGCUAAAGAAUGUAGAAGUGCGAACCGAAGAGAUUGAUGUUAGCUCUCAUUCAAACAUCAAUGACAUAUUGAGUGAAUUAAUUCCUCAAGGUGAACCGGAAGAAACUACGGAAACAAAUGAACAAGAAAUCAAAGAUAAUAAUAUUAUUAUAAAACGCACUACACUCACAAAAAUAACUAAAACUAGGUAUGCUGACAGUCAAGGAAUCAUAAGAAAAAUAAAAAUAGUAACUUUAAUUACUACUACAGACAAUUAUCCAGAUGGUUCUUCACGAACUCAAGUCGAUAGUGAUACGUCUAUCAGUGACGUACAGAUUGAAGAUGAACUGAGACCCCAAGACCUUAUAGACUGCACUGAAGUAGAAGAAAAGUCAGUAGCUGUAGAUACACAAGAGAAAAUAGUUACAAUUAAUGGAAAAAAUGUUAAACAAACAGUAACUAUAACAACAACUAAAGAAAUUUUCACAAAUUUGGAUAAAUCUAAGAAGAAAUUGAGGAAAACGGUUGAAACUGUUACGGAAACACUCUUGCCAGACGGAGUAACUGAAGUAUCGAAAGAUGUUAAAGUCAGUAUACAAAAUGUUGAUGAAGAUCAAGUUGAAGAUAAUUUAGAUGAUUAUGAGUUGAUUAAUAAACCUGAUGAAGAUACGACAUCACAAACGGAAACUGUCGAAGAAAAUGGUAUAUUAAUCAAGAGGAAAACUACUAUAACAACUAUUAGGCAACAGUAUUAUAAUAAAGCUAAAACAACUAAGUUAAUAAAAACGACCGUGAAAACUUUAAUUGAAGAUGAAUAUCCAGAUGGUUCUGUUAUAACAAAAACAAGUGAAAAGGUAUCUUUAGUGGAAGAAAGUCUUCAAACGGCUACCUCUGAUGAAAGUAAUAACAUCACAGAAAUACGGGCCGAUCUAAAAUAUACAGACAGUGAUGAGACUGAUGUUCACGAGUCUAGCGGUAGUGAUGUUGAAAGUAUACUUAAUAAAUUAACUGUAUUAGAAGAUCCCGAAGAUACAGAGUCAAAACAAUUUGAAGAAGUGAAGGAAAAUGGUAUAACUAUAUGGAGAACAAUAGUCACUAGGAUUAUUAAAACUAAGUACUGUGAUGAUAAAGGUAUACCUAAAAAAAUCAAAACUAUUACAACUGUAGCUACCACAGAUCAAUUUCCUGAUGGAUCAUCAAAAACAACUGUUGAUACCAACACAUCUGUAAGUGAUAUAGAAACGGAAGAUAUUACACAAAGUAAUGACUUACAAGAAUAUCCCACUGUUCAAGAUAAAACAGUAACUGUUGAUACUAAAGAGAAUUUAAUAACUGUCGAUGGGAUAGAAGCAAUUCAAAUUAUAACUACGACAACUACAAAGGAAACAUUAUCAUCAGUCGAUGGUUCAAAAAAGAAGAUAAAGACAACUGAUGAAAUUUUAACAGAAACAAAGCUACCGAACGGUGUUACAGAAGUAACUAAAGAUACCAAAGUCUCCGUAGCUGAUUAUGGCAUUGAAAUUGUGAAUGAAAACCUUGAAGGGUACAAUCUCGUUGGUGAACCAGAUGAACAAUCGACGACCACAACAGAGACGGUAUUUGAAAAUGGUAAAAAAAUUGUAAGGAAGAUAACAGUAACUACUAUCAGACAGGAAUUUGUUAGCAUUUCAUCCGCUUCUAAGAAAAUAAGAACUACUAUUAGAACUGUUACUGAAGACGAAUAUCCAGAUGGUACUAUUAUUACAAAAAAAAGUGAAAAAGUAUCAAUAGCUGAUAUUUUCCUUAAAACGCCACCAGCAGCAGAAACAAGUGAAUCCGAAUCCCAUAUUGAUGACACGGAAGUAGUUGAAGAUACCACAGAAGAUGUUGAUGUUAAAAAUGAAAUUGUACAAAAAGAUACAAUAAAAAUCAAACGAACAAUUACCACAACAACUAAACGAGAAACAUUAACAAGUUCAGAUAAGAAUGUAAAACGUGUGCGAACUACUGUGGAAACACUAACCGUAGACGAAUAUCCUGAUGGCUCCACUGAAACAACGAAAGAUGUUAAAAUAACAAUAUCUGAAUCACAAAACACGUCGAAUAGCAAUUUACUAGCUGCUUUAGAAGGCCUCGAACCGACAGGAAAAACCAAACAUAGUGUUGAUAAAAAAUCAAACAUUAUUACAGAAAAUAAUGAAAAAAUUACUCAAACCAUCACAUCCUACAUUACAAAAGAAGAAUUAAUGAAUAUCAAAACUAAAGAAGUCGCAGUCAAAACUGUAACAGAGACUAUAACUGAAAAUGAAAGGACCAACGGCUCUGUCGAGACUACUAAAGACGUCCGCACUCAAAUCACUUACUUACCAAUCGGUACAAGUUUGGAUGACUGGUCACCCGAAGAAUUGAAAGAAAUAGAAAAACAAUCAGUAGAUCAAAAGAAAAUAAGUGGGGAGACAUUGGAAUUACCCUUAGAACAAAAAGAUGAACUGAAAUCUGAGACAAAACCCAAGAAACAAAAAUCUCCUAUUGGAGAAAUCACUACCGAUACUGAUACCUUUACAAAAGUCUUAAAAGAAGGUGACAACGAAAUUACACAAACAAUCACCGUCGUAACAACAAAAGAAGUCAUCAGCCCUGAAAAAGUUAAAGUGACUAUUGAGACAACCACAGUAAGCAAAGGUAGCGAUGGUGUCACUAAGACAACAAAAUCAACUAAAACAACUAUUUCAGAAUACAAAGAAGAGUUUGAAGAGACAAUUGAUACAGGAGAGAGUGAAAAAUCAUUUUCUAAGAACUCUUCAAAGACUGGAGAUAUGCGAAGUUCAUCCGCAGCAAGUGAUGACUUAGACCACCAUGGUAUAUCUUCACCGCCAUCAGAGAUCAGUUCGAGGGGAUCUAGAGCUGCCACCAAUGUAUGGGGCACUGAGAGUAGUGGUCUGUACUAUAGUGAUGAUGAUGGACCAGGGAGUCCCAGCAGCACUAAAUCCCAGGUCGCACAUUCUCCACGGUCUAACCUCAGCUUUGAUCUAGAAACAAAAAUGCCGGACCAACGGGAAAGUCAAGAAAUUUUGUUUGACAUAAGCACAGAUUAUAAAGAUCCAAUGUCUACCUCAAUUUACGGUCAAUUACCUGAAGAAGAUUCGUGCACCUCGUCUACUCAUUCGGAAAUUAAAACAGAAAUGCACGUUACCGAAAAACCUGUUACUAAGCUAAUGGAAGACUUCUUAUCACAUGAAAAGAGCAAAGCCGAGCAGACCAUGCAUACUGUUAAAACCACAUCUGAUGCUACAUUCUUCAAAGAGGCCGAUGACCACUUUGAGAAGGCAAUUGAAGAGCACAAGAAAGUGAGCGGUACACACGUUAUCUCCAACAUAACCGCCAAAUACGAGCUCGACGAACAAGCACAUUCUAGCACAAGCCAACACAGUAGUUCCACAGAAGAGACGAUAACACUUAAAGAUCUCACGUCCAAGAAACACGCAGAAUCAUCCUCAUCAUCGGUAAGCCAACAAGAAUCAAAGACUGAAAAGAAGGAACAAAAGAGCGAGACUCUGACAAGCAAGUUGAAAGACCCGAUUGAAUCUUGGGGAAAACCUCUGGGCUUGCCGAGUCCUAUCGGGGCGCCGACUCCGGAUGGGAAGAGUACUCCGAAGAAGCAAGCGGCCAGCGUCUUGAACAAGAAUAAGUUGAAUCAAGAGAAGAGCAAGGAGGGCAAGAAAGCCUCGGAGUCUCCGAGCAAGAAGAAGUCCCCGGCGCCGGUUUAUCUCGAGCUGACGUAUGUGCCGCACCACGGUAACUCCUACUACUCGGCCGUGGAGUUCUUCAAGCGAGUGCGCGCUCGCUACUACGUGUUCUCCGGCACCGAGCCCUCGAAGGAGAUUUACAACGCGCUGCUCGACGCUAAGAAGACGUGGGAAGACAAGGAUUUGGAAGUGACGAUCAUCCCGACGUACGACACCGACGUGCUCGGUUACUGGGUGACGGAGAACGAGGAGGCGCUCGAGCGGUACAAGAUCGACCUCUCCCCAUCCGCGUCGCGCUGCACCAUCAACCUGCAGGACCACGAGACCUCGUGCGCCGCCUACAGACUCGAGUUCUAGGUGUCGGGACUAUUUGUAGCCUUCUCAUCGAAGAAGUGAGCCGCUUCGCUCAAGCUGACGAUGCUUCCGGAACGAACGAAGAUGAUGGUGAACAUCCAGGGUUUUUAAGCAAGAAUAUCCGCAGGCAUCGUCGCUUAACCGAAGCAACGGACACUACUCCGCAUGAGAUAGUUAUCAAAUAGUAAAUUCAAUGAGACUUUGUGAUAUUUGAAUGCAAUUAAGAGACUGCUGAAGAUGUUGAUUGAACAGUAGUUGUUUUGAAAAAAACUCAAUAAAUACGUAAUUUGAAUAGUGAAGUGCGCGUCGUACUAAAAUCGGCGUCGGCCGUAGACCUGGACGAGACCUGGAGGAGACCAGAAGAGACCAGAACAUACCAGAAGAUACCAGAAGAGACCUGAGGUGACCCGAAGAGACCCAAGUUGACACAGUCCUUAACCGCAUCCAGUUUAUGUCAAUAUCCAAAUUCUCGACCUAAGAACAAAACGUCCAUUUUUUUCUAAACUGUUUUGUAGUAGCUUCAUUGAAAAAUAGUACAUGCCAUUUAAAGAAUAUUUCUAAUAAUAUUUUUGAAUUUGGUCUUUUACAAAUCUGUAGUGCUUUUAUACACAAUUUUAAGCGACACCAGUCCAUUUUAUUUAGCCAAAAACCGCUUGUAGGUACUCGUAUAUCAAAAUUUUUGAAAGUUAUUUUGCUAUCACGUUGUAAAAUGGUAAAAGAAAAUAUUUUAUAUGUAAUAGCAAGUGCCGCGUGUUUCAUUUAGCUUUUGCGCUUUAUACAAGGACGUGCUAAGAGUAUUGACGACGCAUGUCGGAACAAAGUUUUGAUAGUAUUAAAGAUAACAUCUAAUGUACUUUAAAUUUAUGUAACGUUAAAAUGCGUGUAUACAUAUAAAUAUUGGAACAUCUUAAAAAGAUGAUAAAAGGAUUACUGCUCUACAUUUUUCUUGAAUCUAGUACUAUGAAGUACUGGCAAUGUUAAAUGUGAAAGAAUAACAACACAUACAAACAUGUUUAGAAAGGCAAAUAUCACGUCUCUUGUUAUAUUGUAAGAAUUAUAAGUGUUAUAAAUAAGUGACUCCUCUAGAUUUAAGAAAACACAGGAAAAAAAGUAUAUUGAUUAAUUUCUCUAAAGCUUUCUUCCACGCAAUUAAAAGUGUAAUUCGAAUAAAAAAAUUGGGACUUUAGCAUCUUUUAAAUAUAAAAUGGCAUAAAUUUCUAUAGUUGAAAGCUAUGUAUAUGACAGACUUUUAUCACAUUAUACAGGUACUUAUUUCAUGGGAUCCUGCAUUCCUGUGAAAUAUUUAACUGUAAGCUUAAUGAAGGUUGUCAUUUUACGACUAAAAAGAUGCCAAAGUCAGUCAAUAACCAAGUGUUGCCGAAGUGACGUCAUAGGUGCCUUUCUAGAUCGAAAGUGGUGAUGAUGAGCCUAAAUCGAUAGAGAGCUUAACCCAGAUUUAAAUAAAUGUUUUAGUAGAACUAUUAUUACAAAUUUAAACACUAUUUACCUUUGUUUAAGUUGAAACUUGCUUGUUGUCUCAAAGAAAAUAUUAUAACAUAGUUAUAACGUGUGUUAUGAACAUUAUACUCAUUUCAGUAACUUUGACGUUAACAGAAUCUCUAAAGAUUGUUUUAAAUUAUUUGUUUAGAUAUUUCAAUUUUUUGGCAUAAUGUACCUAACUUAUUUUUUGAUAAAUUCUAGUCGAUGUGACCCAAAUACUUAUAUAUUGAGAUAGUCGUUGUUCGUUCCUAUGUCAUUGAAUAGCAUUUCCAAUUUUCUUUUGAAAAUGAAUCCUCAUGUAAUUAAUUAUAGAUAAAAGAAGAACUACUCCAAUAGAGAUUUUACAAUUAUUUUGUUUGGAUGAUAUUAUGAGCGAAUGUGAUAUGAAGUCAUGAACUAUCUACAUCUAGUUUGUAAGCUGUAUUGAGCUUCUUCUUGUGUUCUCCGAUCUUGUAUUCAGUUGGAUCUGUUUCAAUAUUUGCCAAAACAUCUACCGAAAGUUUCGAGUCAAUUAAUUUUAAGUCAUCCAUAGAAUAAGCCGAGCUAAGUCACGAGUCUAUCGCUUCUUUGCCGACAUCGAUAUUAUAGCUAACAGUAUAGAGGAUCUCAACAGACUUCCUUCUUCUGACGCACCAGCACAAUUUAACAUAAAAGGUUAAAAAAUAAAACAUUAAAUACAAAUGUAAAUCUUUUAUUAUAUUUUUUGUGUGUUUCGUAUAAUAACAGUACUAUUGAGAUAUAAUUUCCAAGUAGUGAUAUUAUUGAUGUGUUAGGUAGCAUGUAUUUAUAUGUGUUGAUUGUUGUGAGCACAACUUCAUACUCUAUGUUCCGUUACGUGAGUUGCUUUAGGAUACGGAUGGAGGAAACAGGGAAUAAAUGGCGAAUAUCUGGGACGAGCUCCGAUGCUUCCUAUUUGUAGCUUUUCUCUUUCGAUGUAAUAAUAAUAUCUUAUCAAAAUCUUAUAGCGUUGAUUCGUCUCUUUAAUGGGGCAUCGGGAAACAUAAGCUUGAGCAAGGACGGGAGGGCUUCAGCUAUUCAGCCAGCGGUACCAUUAUGCCGGCUAGCAAGCCUCACCCAGGAAUAUUAUUGUAUUUUAUAGCUAGAACUCUAAUUAAUGCAUACUAUUAGGAAUAUAACAAUGUUAUUAAAUUAAGAAUUGUAUCAGCUUAGUGAACAUCAAUAGCUCUGAGAAAUAAAUCAUUAUUGAAAUUAUUAAAUGUUGUAUUUUUCUGUGUAAGAAUGAUCGAGUUGUUCGAAGGUAAAAUAUUUUUUUAAGACUUAAAGUUUAUAAAUUAUUGAAAAUUCUGUUUAAUUAAUAUGCUUAUUCAUUGGCUUACACGAGUCGUGCCUAACAAAAUUAAGAUUGUCAAUAUUAUUUGAAACUGUAAGUAGUUGUGGUUCAGAGGAAUUGGUAAAUGAAGGCUUCGGAGCGAAUCUAAUGAUCGAUCGAUGAAAUCAAUAUUUUAGAGAUGUAAGACGCUCCGGGAUCGUGGGGCCAUGUCCGCUAUUGUUAUAAAACCUCUGAACUGCUCAGAAUAUUUGUUACCUAUAUAAAUAAAUGAAAUCUAACGUUAUACGAAUCAUAGAGGUUUUGUAACAAUUAGUUUUAGACCCGGCAAUAGCUAGGUUAAUCUCAUGUGGUGCUAACAACCGAAUGUGCUAGGAAUUUAUCGGAAUGGAAAGAAGCUGUUGAAAUUCAAGCGGUAACGUCACUUUUGCCACUGAAAAAUCAGAUAGCAGAGCAUUUUAUUUGGGCCUGCCUUAAGCAGAAGUCUGGAAGGCCAUAUAUUAUAUUAUCAUGCACCCAGUUGAGGAUCCGCUUAAAUUUUAACAGCAGUAAACGGUUGAAGUAAUACAUUCAUUAGAUAUUCAAUAUCCAAAUAAGACAUGCGUAGUGCUUGCUCACAGCCUUAAGUAACAUCGUUGCAUGUUGUUUUAAUAAACUCAUUUCAACUUGGCUAAGACCAGAUUAUUAAGGCGCUAACAAACCUACUAUAGUGUUUGCUAAAUUGACUUAACGUAAAAGCGUUGAAUUGUAUUUAAUAUCAAGUGAAUUUUUUAUUAGGAAUGAUUAUAAAAGAAAUAUGAAAUACCUACUGAUGUUAAAAAAUGUAUUUUUUCUCUAAAAUGUGGUUUAUUAGUUGCGAAACUUUACAUCACAUUUUACUUUAAAUACUCACACGCUUAAUGGCUGGAUAAAAAUAUACUCAAAUGUUUCUUGAACAAUAGCACAAAAGUAAUUUAAUUGUGUUGAUGGAUUUCUUACAGUUUACAUAAGUAAUUUUACUAAAAUAUUAUGGUCAGAGAAUGAAUAAUUCAAGAAGUUUUAAUUAAAACAUAUCCAUAUAAACGCAAAAUAAUAUUCGGCCACAGGAGAUCAUUGCUUAUCUGUUAUCCUUAUCACAGCAAGUGAUACCAAUACUCCGGAUUGUUUCCACCCUAUGCCCAACUACUAUAGGUAGUAAAUUAGGUACUUAUUGGGGAUAUUUAUUAACAUUUUACUUAUUGGGAAUAUUUAUUAACAUUGUUGAAACCAUCAGCAUAGUUAAAUUAUUUUCAUGGCGCCGCUUCAGUCUGGCAAACGAAAAUGUGUGAUAGAGUGAAACGAGAAAAAUGUGAAAUUUAAUAAUUUAAAUAAUGCGUUAACUCUGUGGAAAGAUCUUUAGGUAUUUGUAUCGAUAAUUAUAUUAUGUAAAAGUAAAAAAAACUCAUUGUAUCAGCCAUGUUGCUAUUCUCCAUUCAGCGUGUUUGAAUGAAAGUGUACGAGUCAUUAAAAGUAAAUAAAAAUAUUUCAAAACGUUA